ACCUCAUCAUAUUUUAUCUUUCCUCUUAUUAUUGUCUGCAUUUGACACGAGCCACUGUUCUGUACAUAUGUACCAAAAACUCCGUGAGCAAAUGAAUGAAUGACUGUUAGUUGAUUCUGACACUUCACCUAAAAAAGUUUCAGUUUUUAGCUAAUAACUGAGAAAUCUGAGACCAACCCAUUUCAUUUCACUCGCUAUUCUUGUCCUUCACCUGUGUGUUUUAGUACACUGUCUGCUGAUUGUCGGUCUGUUCUUUCUCGGAAUUUGCGCUCCGUGAGUUUCAUUAUGCUGGAUUUUGUGAGUAUAUGACUCGGUUCAAACAGUGGUGAAGUUGCUGUACUUAAUCAUCUAAUGGACUUCCGAACCUUGUUGUUAAUCUUUCUGGCGCUGUGUCCUGCAUUUUUGGCGCAAACAGGUGAAGAUACAGAACUUAUGAUUGAUACAUCUGUGAAAAUUGCCUGGACAGAUGAUAAUUACAUUUGUGCUACCCUUGAUUGGUGGCCUAAAGAAAAGUGUAACUAUAAACAAUGUCCUUGGGACUUGGCAUCUAUUAUAAAUCUGGAUUUAUCUCAUCCAUUUCUGGAAAAUGCUAUACAAGCUUUCAAGGGUUUGAGAUUACGACUCGGAGGUUCAUUACAGGACCAAGUAAUAUAUGGUGUAGGCAACUUGAAAUCUUCUUGCCAUCCGUUCACCAAGCAGAGGGAUGGGUUGUUUGGAUUCUCUAAGGGAUGCUUACAUAUGCAUCGAUGGGAUGAGUUAAACAACCUUUUCAAGAAGACAGGAGCACUUGUGACUUUUGGCUUGAAUGCGUUGUAUGGGAGACGGCGGAUCAAUAGGCAUGCGUGGGGAGGAAAUUGGGAUUCCAGCAAUGCCCUCGAUUUCAUAAAAUACACUGUUGCCAAGGGCUACCAGAUACACUCAUGGGAAUUUGGAAAUGAAUUGAGUGGUCAGGGAAUUGGUGCAAGUGUUAAUGCUGUACAGUAUGGAAAAGAUGUUAUCCAUCUGCACAAUCUCAUAGACCAAGUAUACAAGAAUUUCGACCAACGUCCUCUUCUAUUAGCACCAGGAGGAUUCUAUAGUCCUGAGUGGUUCAGCAAGCUCCUUGAGGUUUCAGGGCCUGGCAUAGUCAAUGUCUUGACGCAUCAUAUUUAUAAUCUUGGCCCAGGGUCUGAAGGAAGCAAGCUUGUAGAUAAAGUUUUAAAUCCUCAAUACCUGAAUAAAAUAUCAGACACAUUUGGUAAUCUUACUCAAACCAUAAAAAUGAAGGGUCCUUGGGCUUCAGCUUGGGUUGGAGAAUCUGGUGGAGCCUACAACAGUGGAGGUCCUAAUGUGUCUAACGCCUUCGUAGAUAGCUUUUGGUAUUUAGAUCAGCUUGGCAUGGCGGCGAAGCACCAUACUAAAGUAUACUGCCGGCAGACUCUUAUUGGUGGAAAUUAUGGGCUCCUUGAUACCAGCACGUUUGUUCCAAAUCCUGAUUAUUAUAGUGCACUUCUUUGGCAUAGACUGAUGGGAAAAGAAGUUCUUGAUGUUAGCAGCAACGCCUCACCAUAUUUGCGCUCUUAUGCCCAUUGUACAAAAGAUAGAGCAGGUGUGACUUUACUUCUGAUCAAUUUAAGCAACCAGAUUCAGUAUGGGGUCAACAUCCAAUCCAGUGCAUAUACCAGCUUGCAAGUCGGUGAGAAAAAAAAUCACAAGAAAAAUGCAUUCGUGCACGGUCUUAAAGAAACUGUUUCGUGGGUAGGAAGCAAAUCAUCAGAUGUUACAUUAUAUCGAGAAGAGUAUCAUCUAACUCCAGAAGGCGGCGACCUUCAGAGUAGAACUAUGCUCCUCAACGGGAAACCAUUACAACUCACAGAAACAGGAGACAUUCCAAGUUUGACUCCAGUUCUUAAAAAUAUUGAAUCUCCGAUAUCAGUUGCACCAUUGUCCAUCAAGUUCAUUGUAUUCCCCAACUUCAAUUCUCCCAGUUGUAGAUAAGCAUUAUUGAAAGCUCGCAUUAUAAUUAGCAAAAAAUGUAUUCAUGUCUUCAUUGGAUUUGAUAUGGCUACAAUAAACCAGUCCCCUAUAGUCAAUUAUACUUUCACAUGGAAUAACUCUUAAGAAUCAAUAAACCAUUAUUUUUUUGUCUCA